UUGGUUUCUGUGUUCGUGCAGUUCAUCGGCGCUUUAUAAUUAAAAAUCGAUAAUAGAGUGCAACUAAUCAAUUAAUUACAUUUACAUACAAUAUCUACAUGAUAUACACAGUGCACAUUCCUUAUGUAUGCUAAUUGGUAAUCGUGUUUAUCUCGCCUAAAACAAUGGAUAUCUUCAUCACUUUAUUUUACAUAUUAUUUUGCAUUUGCGUAGUUUAUCCGCCUAGUGAAUUUGUGUCAGCCGGAUUUACGAUACCUCAAAUCUUUGACGGGUACCUAGCGUCUGAGAACGUGAACUUUAUCGGCUACCAUUUGAAGCGCAUAACUAUAACGUGCUGCUUGCAUUCGCUACUUCCUCUGGGGUACUUCUUCACGCUAUGGUGCGGCGGCGAGCGAGGCCUGUGGUUGCAGUAUGCGGCCGGGUGCGCUGCGCUCAUCCCCGUCAUGUUCUUAUACCACUUGUGCUCCUGGUAUGAGAACAACAAGAAAAAUCACCCGGUGGUCAGAUCUCUCAUCCCUUAUGUACCAGAGGGUAGCGACUGGAGGAUCAUCGCUGUUGACUUUAACAGAGAGUUUCGGAGUGUGGAUAAGAUAUCAAUACCUCUGAGUGCAACAAGCAAGUUUGUUGCCACACCGACAUGGCUGAUAAAAGUGACUCAGUACAGCGUGAAUGCUGUUAAGCAGGAAGAUGCUGCUCUUGUUGCUACUGCUACGGAUAGCCAUGACUUCUCUACGUCCGGUGAGGAUGAGGUGCAGUAUGUAAACAUCGAAGUGAUACCGUCCAGGGAGGACGUAAAGAAGUUUACAUUCCGUAUAACUACUACAGCUCUGAGAGAUCUACAGCCGCACCUGCAGCGUGCAGUGCGAGUGCCCGAACACAUAUCGCUGCUGCCCACGUUAAUAGAAAGAUUCAUUAAGGUCUUCAAACAGCAUGUCGAACAGAAUCCUGUUUAUUAUACUGAUCAGGAGUUGGAACUAUGCAUUGGAUGCAUGCAGAACCAAGCUGAUGUGAAACUAAACAAGCGCUGUGAACCCGUCGUGCUUGAAGGAGACCAGGCUGAGCAACCACCAUGCCAACAAUGCAACUGCAGGGCGCUGUGGUGCUGUGCGUGCAUGGCGCGGUGGUGGGCGGCGCGUGCGGGCGCGGCGGGGGCGUGGCUUGCGGCGCGCGGGUCCUGCCCCGUCUGCCGCGCGGUAUUCUGCCUGCAGGACGUGUGCCCCGCGCGCCCAGUGACCAGCUAGCCCAUGUAUAUCGUCAUAGAUAUCAAGCGCAUCAUCCUUGAGCGCGACCAAAACGUUGAGUAAACUAUAUUGAAGUGAUAAGUGCGCGGUAUUCUGCCUGCAGGAUAUCAAGCGCAUCAUACUUGAGCGCGAGCAAAACGCUGAGUAAACUACAGUGAAGUGAUAAGUGCACGGUAUUCUGCCUGCAGGACGUGUGCCCCGCGCGCCCUAUUCUGGUGAAUAAAUUAAUUGAACUAUAGUGCAGUAAUGAGUGUAAAGGUUGAAAAAGCCAAUGUGAAGCUAUAUGUCCAUUUCGUAUUCAACCUUGGUCUCUAUCACAAACAGUUAUAGUUUUAAAGUGUCGAAAUCAUCAUGAAUGGAGUGCAAGAAAGACAUUAAUUUGAAAAGGGGAACAUUGUCCCUCUAUUAUAAGAAUACACAUAAUAUAUGUUUUUGUGCAGUUAAUCCUUCGA